CCCAAAAAAAGAAGGCCAGGCCAGGCAAGGCAAGGCAAGGCAUAUAUGGGACCUCCAUCGUCUCUCCUCCAAGACCUCAAGGUCACCGUCCAUGGCUCCUCUCUAGUUUUUCCCAGCCAAGAAACAGAGAGAAAAUCCAUGUUCUUGUCAAACAUAGACCAAGUUCUGAAUUUCAACGUGGAAACCGUGCAUUUCUUUCCAUCCAACAAAGACUUUCCUCCUGAGAAAGUAGCGGAGAGGCUAAAAAAGACGCUAGAAAAGGUACUGGUGCCGUACGAUUUCCUAGCCGGAAGAUUGAAGUUAAACCCUGAAACGGGGCGUCUUGAGAUCGAUUGCAAUGCAGGCGGGGUGGGCUUUGCGGUGGGUUCCAGUGAGUAUGCGCUGGAUGAGAUUGGAGACUUGGUUUAUCCCAACCCGGCUUUUGCACAACUUAUUUCCAAGAAUUUGGAUAUCUUCAAACCAGAUGAUCAGCCACUUGCUAUUUUCCAGGUAACCUCAUUUAAGUGCGGUGGUUUUUCGAUGGGCAUUUCAACCAACCAUGCAACAUUUGAUGGCCUUGGCUUCAAAGCCUUCUUGGACAACCUGGCUGCCCUAGCUGCUGACAAACCCCUGGCCGUCACCCCCUGCAACGACCGUCAACUCCUGGCCGCCAGGUCCCCACCACGUGUCACAUUCUCACAUCCUGAGCUGCUAAAGCUGAAGACCCCGCUAGGCCGAGAUCAGUCGAACCCUGGAGUGUUCGAAGCCACCCAAGAAGACUUAGCCUUCAACAUCUUCCGCCUCACUGGCGCCGACAUCACCAACCUGAAGGAGAAGGCGAAGGCGAAAGGCGGCAGCGGGCGUAUCAGCGGGUUUAACGUGGUCACCGCCCAUGUAUGGCGGUGCAAGGCACUAUCAUGCGGCGAUGCAGGGAAGGAGAUGGAGAGAGUGUCGACCGUCCUUUAUGCGGUGGACAUAAGGGGGAGAGUAAAGCCAGCACUGCCGGGGUGUUACUCAGGGAACGGGGUGCUGACAGCAUAUGCGAGAGCCACGUGUAAGGAGCUGAAGGAGCUGGGAUUUGGGAGGGUGGUGGAGAUGGUGAGUGAGGGGGCAACAAGGAUGACAGGUGAGUACGCAAGGUCUGCAAUAGACUGGGGAGAGUUGUACAAAGGUUUUCCACAUGGGGAGUUGUUGGUUUCAUCGUGGUGGAGAUUAGGAUUUGCUGAGGUGGCGUAUCCUUGGGGGAGGCCUAGGUAUAGUUGCCCUGUGGUGUAUCACAGGAAGGACAUUGUUUUGCUGUUUCCUGAAAUCAGUCAAUCUAGUACUACUAGUACUAGUAGUAGUAGCGCUGGGGUUAAUGUUUUGGUGGCUCUCCCUAGCCAGGAAAUGGAAAAAUUCAAAACCCUCUUCCACAAGUACCUCCUGGCCGCCUCAACAGAUUAACUCUAUACAUAUCCAUCCAUCUCUUAUAUAUAUAUAUAUAUAUAUAUGAUUA